AUGCAGGAACCGUCAAAGGCAAAAUAUGCGGAGAGACGGCGCGCCGCAUACUUACUAAGGUUGGUAGAGCUAAAGCCGCCAACGAAAGAGGAGCUAACGCAGGAGCUCCAAGCAUCGAUUGACUGCGCGAGAGCAGUCAUACCCAACUUAAAGUUGGAGCCGCCGGUAAAGGCAGCCAAGCGACAGAGGUCAGUUGAAGAGGAAAAGCCGUCAGCUAAGAGACCGAAGACCAAGGGUGUAACACCUGCAAAAUCAUUUGCAGAAGCGGCCCGGAACCGAAUUGUCAUUGGCGUUCUGGAUGAGGGAGAUCCCGAAGGAAGAAUCCCCAGAGCCCAAUGGAAAUGGGUGCAGGCUGCGCUGACAAAUGUGGCGCUGGAAGUGCUAUUAAGCAAUCCGGGCCCGCCACCGUCAUGCGCAGAUGCCGGCUGGUACCAGGGCCAGAUUAAAAUGAUUGCUUGCGAUGACGAGAGAUCGGUCGCUCUAUACAAAGCUGCUAUAGCCAAGGUGGGAGAGGUAUACCCCGGGGCAAAAUUGGUAGCAGUGGACAAGAAGGACAUACCAUCCAGACCAAGGGCAAGGGUAUGGAUUCCGGCUACCCCAUCACAGCCGGACCAAAUUAUGCAGCUCAUAAGAGCCUGCAACCCGAGCCUACCCAAGGAAGGGUGGAAGUAUGUCAAGACAUUUGAGGACAGCGUAGCAGAAUCUGGCGUGGAGACCAAAUCCUGA